CAAAUAUUUGAUCGUUGUAAAAUUAAUAUUGUUACGAAUUUUAAAAAUAUUAAUUUUAAAAUUAUUCAUUAGUAACUAUAAAUAAUUAUUUGAUAGAAAUUUAUUUUUUUCUAAAAUUCUAAAGAAAAGAUAAUUGUAAUAUGUUAUAUGAGAGUAAUUUUCUUUUAUUUGUUUCUAAAGUUCUAAAGAGAAGAUAAUUGUAAUAUGUUAUAUGACAAUAAUUUUCUUUUUCUAAAAUCUUAAACAAAAUUGUAAAAGAGAAUUAUUAUUUUUUUUAACGUAAAUGAAAAGUAGAUUUAUAAAAUAGAAUGUUUUCUUUUUUUAAAAAGUCCUAACAAAAUUAAAUUUUAAAAUUUUAUUUAAUAAAAUAUUAAAUUAGUACAUAAGAACAUGUGUAAUGUUGUCAUUGACUCGAUUGGUGUAUUUGGAUUUUAUUUCUUUUUAAUCUUCAUUCAAUUUCUUAUUUCGGGUUGUGUUCAGUUUAAACGUUUAUGACUCAUCUAUGCACCAUUACUAUAAAAAAUAAAUAUUAAUUUGAACUUAUGUAUAAAAAUGAGUUUUAGUUAUAAAAUAAAUCUCAAACAACAUAUGCAAAAAACAAUCAUAAUACUAUAGUAAAAUAAUUUUUUUAUUUUAUGGUUUUUAUUAAAUUAAAACAUCAAACAAAACCGUUGCAACGCAACGGGCUCAUAUCUUAUCUUGUGGUAAAUAAUGAAGCACUUAUUCUGAUUCCAUAUUUCAAAAAUAAAAAAAUUUGUAUAUCAGAAGUAUGAUAUAAAUAAAACUAUCUAUCGUUAAAUGGUACAUAUAAAACUAACUGUUAUGAAUAGUUCAUAAUUAUUAUUAUUUUCGUCCUAAGGGAUGUUAGUGAGAUGUGAAUUUCUAAUAAUUGUUAAAAAUUUUAAAUUCUAGUGUUAUUGAUUAAUUAAUAGAUUCUAACAUUCUUACUAAAAUUUACUCCCUCUAUUCCUUAAUAUUACAUAUUCUAGAAAAAUAAUUUGUUUUAAAAAGAUUUAUUGUUUACAUUUUCAAUACAUGUUUUAUUAACUAAUUGUAAAUUUCAAAAAAUUUAAUUGCACUUACUGAAUUUUUAUUGGCUUAAAAUUAUGGAACAAAGAUAAACACAAAAAAUUAUGCAAAUUUAAUGUGUUUUAUUAAAAUGUGUUAAAAAACUAGAAUAUGUAACAUUAAGAAACAAAGGGAGUAGUGUUUUUGGUUUUAUGAUUGUUUAAUCGUUUACAAAAUCUUUUGUUAUCCAAAAAAAAUUGGUUCUUAAUGAUUCUAUAAUUCUGUCAAAUCUAAUAUUAUUAGAACUUGAAUUGUAGAAAAUUUUAUUCAAAAUAUUUUUUUAAAAAAAUAUUGCAUAUAAGCUCUAAAUUCUUAAAAUCAUUACACGACUACUCUAAAUUCUUAAAAUCAUUAUACUACUAUAUCUUGAUUCUUAUAAUCAACCAACUCAACAUAAAUUUUACUCUCACUAACCCCUCAUAAAUGUUAAGCUGUUUAAUUAAUAAAUCACUUAAUCUCAGAAGAAAAUAAAAAUGUUUUCUAUAAUAUCAAAUUAUUAAUGUAACUGAAAAACACCCUUUUUUGGGAUACAUACUACAAUAGCUAUUGAUAUUUUGAUUUUUAAUGAACUAGGCCCACUAAUAAUAUACCAAAUCGGGCCCAUUAAAUCCCCUUUCCUCCACAGCUCUCAACAAGACUUCCUCAGAACUCUUCUCCUUCCCAAAAAUACCUUCCCGCCAAUCUCCUCCCCCAAAACCCUCAGAUUCCGACUCACCGGAGAAACAUGGAACCUCACCGCCCAAUCGCAAGAAGACUACACCGUAAACCCCUCGGAGACUGCACCAACACCAUCUCCAGAACCACCAACCAACAGUCAUCUUCUUCCUCCUCCGUCGUCAAAUUCGCGAACCCGAGCCUCACUUCUUCUCUCAAGAGGUUAGUCGAUCAAACCUCCCUCAAGGAGAGAAACAACAACGACGACGUCAAUAGCUCAAAAGAUGGUCCCGAAACCGCUUCCACGAGCUUAAGGGCCGUGACUCGCCGUGUAUCCGCCGAUCUGUGUUUCCCGGCGACCGCGUCUUCUCGUCCUUCGAAACCCAAAGUUGUUGAGAAAUCAGAGGCUGCUCCCACGCGCGGAAGGCCCGUGACUCGCCGUGUGUGUGCCGAUCUGAGUUUCCCGGCGACCACGCCUCCUCGUCGCCAAAACUCGCGCUCCGGCGAGGGCGUUGGUGGUGAGAAGGAGGUUGCUGAGCCUUACUCUGUUUACACGUCUAGAAGGAAGGCUUCUUCUGGGAGAAAAAGGAGUAACCACGCAGUGGCUGCUAAUCUUCGUCUUGACUUGAUAUCAAGCCCUGCUGGGAAGAAAAGACGUCAAGCAAAUGAAAACACAGUCAAGCCCUCGAAACUGGCUCCCAUAAAGAGGCAGCGAACAACAAAGCAUGAGGAAGAUGAUUUGGCUAACGGAGUUUCUCAGGAUUACAUCGAGAAGCAGAGAGCUUACUUUGCAGAGAUCGAUGCAUUUGAGCUUGCAGAAGAAGAGGUAUCUGAUAGCGACUUAGACUAAGUGAUAAACUAUCUUAAGGAUAUCCAUGACACACCUUAACACGUUCGUUCGUUCGUUCAUAUCACUGUAUAGCUAAGGCUUCUUCUCACAUGAAAGUAUCACUGAUCUAUCUCUUAAUACAGAUGACAUGCCAAUAUCAGUUUAUAAUCUUUGACUUGGUUGUACUGGGAGAACUUUAUUGGUUAUGCAAUGAAAAAUGCCAGUUUACACUUUA